CCCACCGGCUCCAGCAGGGUGACAGCGCAGACCCUGACUGAGGACAGGACCGAGAGCCACCAACCAGGAGGAUUUCAGCCGGGAAAAGGGAAACUGGACAUAAAAGCCAGGGGGAAGCGUAAAUAAGCUCAAACGCAUUUUGUUUUGCGAACUGCAACUAAUUUAUUUUUGCUCAGAUAUCGCUAAAGCUAUAGGAAUUGGUGGUGAGCGCGGCGAACUAUGUUUGUUUGUUUGUUUCAACUUUAUCCAGGCAACUUCAGUAUCUCUGCUCCCGAGGAUUAUCACGAGACCAUGUUACUAUAUCAGUUGAUUUUCAGCGUGGUUGCAAGACGCUGCUCACUUAAGUAACUAGGUAAAAAAAAUAAAAAUAAUAAUAAUAAAACGUACAAGAGGCACAAAUUUCUCCCUUAUUUACAAGACAAGCGCACGUUCCCAGCAGUGACUUUGUUGUGGAAUACAUGGGGGGCGCGCUCACGUGCUCAACUCCUAUUACAGAUAACAGCACAAUAGCAACAUUCUGCUGAAGGUGUAGCUGUCCGGACUCACGAGUCAACAUCUCAGAGGAACACUGAAACGUAACCAUGGAGCGUCUUCUCGGGAUACAAGAGCUCUCCUGAAGACUGUGCGCGAGCGUAUAGAAGAAAGUUUAAGUAAGAUUUAUCCGCAUAAACUAAGGCACCUUUGUGGCUGAACCCCUGAGAAGCAUCGCUCAUUUUCCCCGUUAAACGCCCGGAUCAUGGCCGUCUCCUCACGGGACAGCUGCUUCUGGUUGCUCUGGAGACGGACCCUGCUCGCGCUGUGGCUGUGCACGAUGGGAGCGCGUGGAGCGGAAGAUGAAAGUGGCUUCAAUGCCGAGUCAUGGCUGAGGAUGUAUGGGUACCUACCCCAGGCCAACCGACAGAUGUCCACCAUGCGAUCAGCUCAGAUCCUGUCCAACGCUGUCAGUGACAUGCAACGCUUCUAUGGUCUUGAGGUCACCGGUCAGAUGGACGCUCAAACCAUCAGCGCCAUGAAGAGACCCCGCUGCGGUGUGCCUGACAAGUUCGGAGGGCAGAUCAAAACCAACGUGCGUCGGAAGCGUUACGCGCUCACUGGACAUAAAUGGAGCAAGAGCCAUCUCACUUACAGCAUUCAGAACUACACUCCUAAAAUCGGAGAGUACAACUCAUAUGAGGCCAUCCGGCGGGCCUUCAGGAUCUGGGAGGGAGUCACCCCGCUGACCUUUGAUGAAAUCCCCUACCAGGAAAUCAAAUAUGGACGUCGAAAAGAGCCGGACAUCAUGAUUUUCUUCGCUUCGGGUUUUCACGGAGACAGCUCUCCUUUUGACGGGGAGGGUGGCUUCCUGGCUCACGCCUACUUCCCUGGACCCGGGAUGGGAGGGGACACGCACUUCGAUGCUGAUGAACCUUGGACCAUUGGGAACCACAAUGUGCAAGGUAAUGACCUGUUCCUGGUGGCGGUCCAUGAGCUGGGCCACGCCCUGGGCUUGGAGCACUCCAGUAACCCCCUGGCCAUCAUGGCUCCCUUCUACCAGUGGAUGGAGACGGAUAACUUCCAGCUUCCGGACGACGACCGACAAGGCAUACAGCAGAUCUACGGUCAACCCAACGGCGUUCCCACUCAGGCGCUGCCCACCGUGCCAGCUCGCCGCCCAGAACCCAGACCACCUCAGAAUCCCCCCCGCCCCAGGACCACCGACAGACCCGACCACUACGGGCCCAAUAUCUGCGAGGGGAACUUCGACACCGUUGCCAUGCUGCGCGGAGAGAUGUUCGUUUUUAAGGGUCGGUGGUUCUGGAGGGUGCGCAGGAACAGGGUGCUGGAUAACUACCCCAUGCCCAUUGGCCACUUCUGGAGGGGUCUGCCCGGUGACAUCGAUGCCGCUUACGAGAGACACGACGGCCGGUUCGUCUUCUUUAAAGGAAACAGAUUUUGGCUCUUCAGGGAGGCAAACCUGGAACCGGGCUACCCUCUCGAUCUGGUUGAUUAUGGUCGAGAUAUUCCCUACGACCGGAUAGACACCGCAAUCUGGUGGGAACCGUCUGGCUACACUUACUUCUUUCAAGGAGACAGGUACUGGCGCUUUGAUGAGACGUCACAGUCUGCUGACAGGGGCUACCCAAAGUCAAUCGAUGUCUGGGACUCUUCAGUGCCUUCUUCUCCCAAGGGGGCCUUCCUUAGUGAUGAUGGAGCAUACACCUUCUUCUAUAAGGGCUCCAAGUACUGGAAGUUUGAUAACCAGCGUAUGAAGAGUGAACCAGGCUAUCCCAAGUCCAUCCUGAGAGACUUCAUGGGCUGCAGUGUGGACCUGGAUCCCGACAGAGACACCGACUCCGGACGCAAAUACCCAGACCUAAACCGUCCACCGUUCAACCCAGACGCGGGCCGUGAUGCGGACAAGGGCAAAGGACGGGAUGGGACAGACCGCGAAGGCACAGACUCUGACAAGGGCAAAGGCUCAGACAAGGACAAGGACGAAGACUACAUUGAGGGUCGGGAAGAAGACACCAAUGAGGUAGACGUGGUGCUGAAGGUGGAUGACAGCGAGGAACGAACCAUGAACAUUUUGAUGGUGACCAUCCCUUUGGUCCUGGUGAUGUGCAUCCUAGGAUUGAUCUACGCCAUCAUCAACACGCUGCAGAGCAAAGGGACGCCGCGGCUGCUGGUGCACUGCAAGCGCUCCCUUCAGGACUGGGUCUGACCCUUGGCUUGAGGAGGCUCUGAACUUUACAUACCUCCCCUCCUCUCACCCAGACCUCUUUCUGGUGAUCCAUCUGUGCUCAGUGGUUCCUGCAGCUCUUAGUAAAUGUGGCGGUAGAUCCAUGCUGAUCCAGUACUGAUAAAAACUACAAGCCAACGUAAAUUAUGUCUUACAUUUAGAGACACUGAUACACCACCUUAACCACCUCCCUUCGCCCAUGGUGCUCUACAGUGUGCUGACUGUAGUCUAUUUAUGACAGAACUUUGCACAUUUUUUUUUCCAUGUUUUGUUUUGGUUCCUUCUGUGUGAGACUUCAUGUUGUUAUUAUUAGUUCAUAACCAGGAAAGCUGUUCUGCUCUGUCUCCUCUGCAAGGCCCUCCUCCUUCCCCUGAAUCUCAACAGGGCUUUCUGUUUGAAGAUAUCGUAACAUCUGCUUAUGUCAUCUCACAAAGGGUAAGCAAACGUGUAGACAGAGCACUUGGGUUUAAAGCUUGGUUGAUAAUCAAUUCUGUCGUCACAUUUAGAUGCUUGUCUGCAGUGUAGUGUAUCAAAGACAUGCUGCUGGGUUUAACUGGAAAUUGUUAACACAGUUUCAGCUGAAAUCUGGGAAAUUUUUGUAUCUCAUGUGAGGCUCCAACCCUCUGAGUCAGGCAGUUACAGGACAGGUGUUUUCCAGGGUGGUUUUGGAUUUUUCUUACACGAUAGAUCACUUUAGUCCCCCCCUCCAAAAAAAAAGUUUGGAUCUGCUCAUCUGGGGUUGUUGAAAGAACCAGGUGGACACUUUGGCUGCUCCUUGGAUUUCCUCUUUUUUUCUCCAGAAUCCACCAUGUUCAUGCUGACACAUAUUUUAGAAAUCAGACAUCUUUGAGAUUCUUCAUCAGGAAACAUGGCUCCAAAUUAAGACUUCUUGAAACCUCUCGUUUUGGUGUUGAAUUGACGAGUGGCCUAGUUCUGUCUGUGCUCUGGAAACCACAAUGGAGGAGCUGUGGGCUGCAUUACACUGUAAAGGUCACGACUGGCAGGAAAUGGUGAACAGCAUCAAAGAAAACAGAUAUAUUAGUGCUGUUCGUCUGUUAGAUUUGAAAAAAAUAGAAACAAAGACUACCAGCCAUUGUAGUUUCUGCUAUAUCUCCUCAUAAACCAAACACAAUUCAAGCAAAGUUUAACGUCUUUAGCUUCCGACUAGGAGGAUUCUUCUUUAUAUGGUCAUAGCUGUAAAAAAAUCAAAAACAAACAGUGAGCAAAACACGUCCACUUGUUGUGUGCUAACGUCUGUUAGCUUGUUUUAGCUUCGGAUCUCAUUAGUUCCCCAAAGCAAAUCAGAAAAGCUUCACUGUGCCAGUAGUUCUCCUAACCUCCACAGGCCAUGUUAGGAUAGUGCCUAAUUUUAUUUGUGACAGAUCUCAAAAGCACGAAACAGACAUGCUAAUCAGGCUAAAACUCUAAUAUUUAUAUGGUCGUUUUGAAAAGCACUGGCAUUCAUCUCCUUUUCACAAUAGUGAUGAAUAAAUUACAGAUUUACAAUCUCAUAAUCUAGAAAUCAUGACUUAAAAUAAGAUUCAGGUUGCAGUAAACAUUGAGCAUUAUCAAGCAAAGCUUAGCAUUCCUGCUUUAGCUGCUUCCCAGCUGGCUGGACCAUACUUCUUCCCAUAUAUGGGAACAAAUGUAAAGACUUCUCUGUCCUUCAGGGUAAACGUCAAAGCAGAACCUGUUCCCUUUACAUUCAGGACAGGCUUAUCCUCAAUCUGCCUCUUCUCUGUCAACAAUCAGGAAUUUCCUUUGUGCUGUACACGAGGGGGAGUAUUCAUUAUCUGAGAGAACCUUAACCUUAAAUCGUAGCAGGCCCCAGCUAAUGUUCCACACACUCCCAAACAGCCUGUCUGUCGAGCACAAAUCAACAAUGAUGACCUGCGAUCUCGGUGUCAGAACAGUGGGGUAUCUGGACACACCAGGGUGGGCUCAUGUGAGCGCAGGCUAAUCCUCCUCAUGAAAAACAGCAGGUGUGCACAAAAUGCCGUUAACCCCUGGACCUUUCCCUUAAACCCUUAAGUUCCCCCGUAUCGGAAAGCUCCUUGCUCCUUUUUCAUCUUGCAAGAACAAAGGAUGAAGUCUUUGUAAAAGUCAUUGGAUCAGCCCUGCAGGGCAAAUUAAACAUGAUCAGCAAGUGUGGAAUUGCUUAUUUUGACUCAGCGCAGUUGUAGUCUAAUUAGAUUUUUAGAUAAAGUGAAGCUUUAUUCACACUUUGAAAGAAAGACUUCUAACCAAAAAAACCUUCCAUAUGUUACGGUUUGUUUUGUCUCUUGACAUGAAAACUGACUUACUAAAAAAUGACUAAUUUAGGUUGUGAAAUGAGCUUACUGUUUGGUGUUAGUAUCUCCACUGUCACAUUGUGGUUUAGCGGUAAAUCUGAGUGGAGAUCCUCUGAAAGAAAUUGUUUAUCAUUACUCUGAUUUAGCAUCUAAAGGUGAGUCAAACGGUUGGGUCAAGCUUGACCGCAAAGGAAAAAAGGCUUAUCUAUAAGGAAGGAGCAUGGGGAGUGAUGGGUGGAGCUUUGUCAGGUUGCUCAGAUGUAACUAGGGAGUGUCUGACUAUCCUACAGCUGAAACAAAGGAGGGGGGAGGGGGCAGGAGGGGAAGGACGUUGACUUUGCCUCCCUGAGGCUACAAAGCAUAGAUCUCAGGAAUAAAGAGGGCUGGACGGAAGAGGAGAAAAAGAAGAAGGAGCCAUGGGAGGCAGAUUUGUCUGCAAUUCUACCAGUGUCCUGGAAACUCACAGUCAGUAAGAGACUUAUUCUAGAAGUCUCUCACUCGCUGCUUAAGUAAAGCCACUUCCUGUAUACUGUUUGCACUUUUUCACAUUUUGUCACACUCCAAUCACAAACGUCAGUGUCCUUUUGGUAUUUGAUGUGAUAUCUGGAAAGCGCGUCAUGCUCCUGAUGUCGAUGCACGGUGGAACCACAUUUUUUGCUGCUGCAUUUACAGCUUCAGGUCUUCUGAGGUUUGUCUCCACCAAAUGGGAAUCUCUAAGGACUAAAAUGUUUGCAUAUCAACAACAGCAAAAAUAAAUUUAACCUAAGUUUUAAAUCAUAUAGCAGUAAAUUAUCGUAAAAAUAUGUAGACGUUUGUGGUUGCAGCACAACAAAAUGUGCAAAGGUUGAAGAGGAAGGAAUAGCCUUGAGUCUGGCUGUUGACCCCGAGGCCCACUGCAGGGUUAAGGUGAAGGCUUGUGUUGGUGGGACACCUAAACAGUUAACGGGACAUUCAGCCUGACAAGAACCUGGAGAUUGAUCUAAGGCAAGUCAAUCCUGGUUGCUUUGAAACGGUGUCCUGUGUCCAUCUCUCACCCCCCUCAUCAUUAGUAAGUUGUCAGAGGGAGUGGUUGGCGGACGCAGCUAAUCAGCGCUAAAAGCACCGUCCUCUCCUGUCCUCCGCUCCCAUUGGUCCAGCUGGGACAUCUGCGAGUACUCAGACAUCCCAGUGUCUGGACAGGCUCAGAAAGUGCACACUCACCGCAUUAGACACUAAGUAGCAGAUAGAGUUCAUCAAUCUGCCUUUCCUGUGACCUCCAAACAACCACUUUAAAGAGCGGAGAGCUAGCGGAAAGCUGAACGAGCCGCUGCGCCUCAGAGAUCGCCGCGCUCUGCCGGUUUCAGCAGCUUCUCGUUGUUCCGUCCCGCUCGUUGUCUCUGGACACCAAGCGCGAAAGAAGUAUUGAAAGAACUCUUGUCAGAGGUGAUUGAUGCGCUUGUUGAAGUGUUCAGUUAAUCAGCCCUACUCUCCAUCAGUGAGCUCUAUUUUCUGAUAGUAAAUCUUCCACCCCCUCUGCAUGCCCGGCCCUGGAAGCCCGGGGGAAUCAUCACAACAACAAUGGCCUGCUCUCUUCCUCUCUCUUUCUCUCACUCUUCCCUCCCACCAUUUUUCUCUCCUUCUCCUUGGAUGCAUACUCGCACAAAAACAUUAUUGUCUCUCUCAACCCAAUCUCAGCCCACCUUCCCUUUAGGAAAGCGGUCCGGCCUGUUUCUAGAUCAGCUGUGACGGAAUUUGCUUAAACAAACGCUCUACCUGUCAGCUCUGUUGCUUUCUUUAAGGCCUGGACCAGGAAGCAGGCGGUACACACUGAGGGUCUCAGAUGCCAGCGUGGGGAAGGUUCGGACAAGCUGAGCUUUCAUGUGUCUCAGGAUGUCUCUGUGUAAACACGGCAUGCUGAGCGUUCCUGGCUCAGCCCCGACAGCCCAGCUUUCAGCACAGAAAGCCUGACGCCUCCGAUUCCAGUCCGCCGUUAUUUAGAAGGCAGCAAUUAGAGGCGGACCAAUCAGAGAUCUGUCCCUGAUAUCCAGCUUUCGCUAAGCUGUGGUCUGCCGUUUUUGGCAAACUUCAAUUUUAAUAAAAAAUUCGCAUUUAUCAUUUAUGUUACUGGUUUUUUUGGGGGGUCCCAAAAACGAUGCAUGUAUAUGUAGCCACUUCCAAGUAUAAGGGGCUUGUUGAGCCAACACCUCAUCAUGACGUCUCCUCUGAUGGCAUAAAAAUGGUCUGGAUACUUAAGAGUUCCACGUCUAGUUGUCAAAACACACCUUUAGUUUUGUUAGCAUUGCAAUAGUAGCAGCUUCUGUGUGUUUCUUAGCAACUCUAGACCCUGAAAUGUCCAAAAGAUGCCAACAUUUCCUUUGGUUCAUGUGGCUCUCAUUUACUAGAAGCUCAGCAGGAGGAAGGAUGACGAGAUAAGAGGACGACAUGCAGUACAUGGGUCAGGAGUCCAGUCCAGAACAGCUCUGUCCCUGAGCCACAUGAUGCCUCAACACAACAUUAAGAUUUCUGAAUCCAGCAUGUUCCGCAAUUUAGAGCGGUUCAAACAUCAAUCAGCUCAAACGCAGCCACGUCACUUCAGUUCGUCCAGCUUUCCUGUCAGUCUGACUUUACGCAGCGGCCUGAAUGAAGUGCACACACAUCUCAACAAGUCAAAACGUUUCUUUUUGACCGUCUUCAUUUGCCUUUUAUGCUUCCUCCCGUUUUAUUUCUAAACAUUUCACUGACACUGAAGGUAAACAACUCUGACUCUUCCUCCAUCAGUAGUAACUUCCACUCCAAAGAGUGUCGUUUGUUGUCGGUGUGACCAGGUAGCACUGGUGUCCAGUACAUUGACUGGUCAUCAGCCUGUUUCUCCGUGCAGUUCUGUCUUUGUCGCCACACCUCCGCUGAAGACGGACAGACAGCAAAGAAUCCGAAGAACAUACUGCCUCACUUUUCACUUAAGUCAGCUUUUGUAGUCCAGAUUAGUUGGGCCCCAGAGGACUGCGGUUUGCCCAGAUUCUCCUGUUUUCCCAGAAUGCCCCUCAGCUUGCUCACUGAGCCCAUCCACUUGGAAACCACUCAUUUUAAAUGGCCACUCCACUAACUCUCCAUGGAAAUGGAACAGAAACGAAGGCUUAAAGAUGACUUUCAGAGCCUUGAGAGUGCAACAGAUGAGUGAUCAUCGUGCCUCAUAAGGACACUCAAGACUGGUGGGCAGGCGACCUAAUAAAACUGCCUCUAUCCUCUAGUUGCAGCUACAGUAGAGACUGGCUUCACGCCUUUUGACUCUUUGUUUCUGUUAUUUUCUGUAAAAUAAAGAAUUUCAGUUUCAUCUCUGCCUGAGAUGAGAUGAUGAGGAAAAUGUGUUUUUAUUUCAUUGUUUAUAACAUUCCAAUGAAUAUUUUGGAUGUUUUUUUUUGUUAGAAAGCCUUUUUUUUUUUACAUUUGUGUUGUGUUCAAUUCUAGAUUAGUGUGUUAACAAGCCAUGCUGGACAUGUACACAUUAAAAAGUGCUCUACGAAAAGGAA